AUGGACUUCAAUAGUGCCGACGAGAGCCUGACCAGCGACUCCCUCUCCUACACAGCGCCGGCGGCGGCGAAGUCGCCGGAGAGACUCUUCCGCACCGCCGCCGACGCCGAGGCCGAGUCCCGCGGCAAGCUGCCUUCGUCCAGGUUCAAGGGCGUCGUCCCCCAGCCCAACGGCCGGUGGGGCGCCCAGAUCUACGAGAAGCACCAGCGCGUGUGGCUCGGCACCUUCAACGAGGAGGAAGAGGCCGCACGCGCCUACGACACCGCCGCCCUCCGCUUCCGCGGCCGGGACGCCGUCACCAACUUCCGCCCGCCGGCGCCGGAGGACGCCGCCGAGGCCGCCUUCCUCGCCGCCCACUCAAAGGCCGAGAUUGUCGACAUGCUCCGCAAGCAUACCUACGCCGACGAGCUCGAGCAGAGCCGUCGCUCCUGCGGCGGCGCCGCGGCGGAGGACGGCGGCAACGCCGCCGGGGCCGCGCCGCCUGCGGCGGCGUCGCGCGAGCAGCUGUUCGAGAAGGCGGUGACGCCGAGCGACGUGGGGAAGCUGAACCGGCUGGUGAUACCCAAGCAGCACGCGGAGCGGCACUUCCCGCUGCGCGGCGCCGGCGUUGGCGGCGGCAGCGCGGCGAAGGGCUUGCUGCUGAACUUCGAGGACGGCGGCGGGAAGGUAUGGCGGUUCAGGUACUCGUACUGGAACAGCAGCCAGAGCUACGUUCUGACAAAGGGGUGGAGCCGGUUCGUCAAGGAGAAGGGUCUCCGGGCCGGGGACGUCGUCGGCUUCCACCGAUCAACCGGGCCCGACCGGCAGCUCUACAUCGACUGGAAGGGUCGGUCCGGUGGAGGUGUCGGAUUCGAGCCGGAAGCGGCGGUCGGACCGGCCCGGCCCGCGCAGGUGGUGAGGCUGUUUGGGGUGGACAUAUUCGAGGCGCCGGCGGACGGCGGAGGCGAGACGUGCGGCGGGAAGAGGAUGAGAGAGAUGGAGAUUCUGGGGAUGGACUGCGUGAAGAAGCCGAGGGCGGUGGUUAAUGUUUUGUAA